AUGGGCGACGUCGGUUUGGGUAGGGGUAACGUUGUUUUAGAACAGAAGUUUUCCGUUGAAUCGAUAAGGGCAUUUUUAAAGAGUAAGACCUCCUAUGAUGUAUUGCCUGUAUCCUAUCGAUUAAUCGUUUUAGACACUUCACUAUUGGUUAAAAAAUCAUUAAAUGUUCUUUUACAAAAUAAUAUCGUCUCAGCGCCUCUUUGGGAUGCAAAGACUUCGAGGUUUGCUGGUCUUUUAACCUCUAGUGAUUUUAUCAACGUAAUACAAUACUACUUUUCAAAUCCUGAUAAAUUCGAACUGGUGGAUAAAUUACAAUUAGAUGGGUUGAAAGAGAUUGAAAGGGCAAUUGGCGUGGAACCUAUUGAUACUGCCUCGAUUCAUCCAGCAAGGCCGUUGUACGAGGCGUGUAUAAAGAUGAUGAACUCAACAAGCCGUAGAAUUCCAUUGAUUGAUCAAGACGAAGAUACCCACAGGGAAAUUGUAGUUUCAGUUUUAACCCAAUACCGUAUCUUGAAAUUUGUUGCUUUAAACUGCAGAGAGACCCAUCUUUUGAGGAGACCUAUCGGUGAAUUGAAUAUUGUUACUGAAAAGGAGGUGGCAAGUUGCCGGAUGACUACACCUGUAAUUGACGUUAUACAACUGUUAUCUCAAGGUAACGUAGCGUCUAUACCAAUCGUUGAUGAUGAAGGACAUUUAAUCAAUGUUUAUGAAGCCGUUGAUGUUCUAGGUCUUAUUAAAGGUGGUAUUUACAACGAUUUAUCACUUUCCGUGGGUGAAGCCCUGAUGAGACGCAGUGAUGACUUUGAAGGGGUUUAUACCUGUACUAAGAAUGAUAAGUUGUCUACUAUAAUGGACCACAUCAGGAAAUCAAGAGUUCACAGAUUCUUCGUUGUCGAUGAAGACGGUAAACUCACUGGCGUCCUCACUCUAAGUGAUAUACUACGUUACAUUUUACUCGGUGAAACUGGAUCGUAA